AUGUUCAAAGGCGACUCUAUCCGGGGACCGGGGAUGAUAAUCCUCCAGGUCCUCCGCGCCGUUACCCUCAUUACGCUCAUCACCGCCGCCGUUGCGUGCUGGACCCUGAUCAUCAAGAUCGACACAUCCAACGGCUUCUUCUUUUUCGACGCAGCCUCUCUCUUUUUCACAAGCAACAUCGCCGUCUUCCUCGCCGUCUCAGAACUCCCCAUCGCCAAGUCCUACUUUCGCCGCACAUGGCCCGUUCUCUCUGACGAGUCCGGCCUCACCUGGCUGGGCUUCGCCAUGGCCCUCAUCGGCUGCAACAUCCUCGGGAAGCUCAACCAGCCCGCCAACUCUUCCAAGAAGCUCGGCCUCCCCUUCUGGCGCCUCGUACUCGCUGCUGGAGUCCUCGCCAUCACAUUUGGCAUCAUCAACAUCGUCUGCUCCUUCAUCUUCCGAGACUCGGCAAACGGCAUCAGCGCCCGCGUCGUCCGCUCCGAAGGUUCUCUCGCGGCCCCCAGCCAGGCCGCAUCCUCUUACAAGGAGCAGUACUCCGUCCGCAGCAACUCGCUCCGGGGAGAGAAGACCAAGUCCAAGUUCAUGUCCAUGUUCUGGAAGAAGGAUAAGUCCCACAACGCUACCGAAAGGUCUCCAAGACCAGAGAUCAGCGCGCCCAUGCCUUCUCAAGCUCACCAACAAUACGAUGUCGAACGCGACCCUGCCUACUCUCCAGUUUCCUACUCCCGCGGCCAGCGAGACGAGGAGGAGUGGGACCGACGAAGUCCCAUUGUCCCCGAGGUCAAACGCCCAGACACUGCUCUACACCCCAUACACUCCCGCACCAGCAGGUACUCGGAAGCGCACAUGUCCAGAUUCUAA